UUCUCUGGAGAAGGACCAGUACGAUCACAUAACAGCCACAUAUUACCUCCUAGCUGAGCGCCGACUAAAACGCCAGCUCACAAUGAUGGCCACUGCUAUAUCUGACAACGGGCCUCCCCAGGCGCCGCAGCACGUUCUCCGUAGGGUAGCGUCCGCAGGGCCAGGCCAGCUUAAUCUGGAGCCUCUUGCACUCUCUCCAAGGAUCCAGGAGUCCCAUGUGACCCAGGCUGAUAUGUUUAAGUCUGCACAGCUGGUCGACUCCUUGGUGUCCCCCAUCACGGCCCACGCCCCCUCACCUUUGACCUUCACCUCCACUGCUGGUCCGGGCGAGAGGAGGAAGUUUAGCCUGAUUCGGGAGGAGUCUGGAGAAGAAGAAUCAGAGACGGAAAUGUCGGAGAAACUGGCAAUGGGUGGGGCGGAACCCAUGGACGUGGACUUUGAUAAGAAUUAUGAAGUGAAAAUGACAAAGUCUCUGGAUGAGGUGUCCAGUGAUUCUGAUUCCCGGAGUGGAAGCGAAACCAGUCUCAGUCGCAAGGCUCUAGCUCUGCGUCGCCCCGUCACCAGCAGGCCCACACUGAGGUCUGUUAGCAGUUCCCCGCAGCUUCUCAACCAGAUAUUUGAGGAGGGAGAGUCUGACGGAGAUGACGAUCUAAUUCAGCCGUCAGAUAGUUCUCGGCCGAGGGUGUACAACACACAACACCACCACCCGCUGGCCUCACCAGAGCUGCUGCGCAAACUGGGCCGAAUGAAAAAGAGGCGAGGCAGUGGCCAGAGGGGAACAAGCUGCAGUAGCUCUGACGCCAGUGACACAGAUGACCCAGAUUCGAAAAAGAGAAAGGAGAAGCUGAAGCACAGGUUUCCCCGGAAGGACAGCAGUGAUACCUCCAGUGAUACAGACGGCCCUGGGGGGUUUGGGGGAGGCCCUGGGGGCCAUGGAAGUGCAUCUGGACCAGGGGGAAAAGGAGGGGGCAACCCCAGAAGGGACCGUAGAGAUUCCGACAGGAAAGGAGGCAAGGACAAAGGUGGUGGUAGUUCGAGUAGUUCAAAGGGCUCCAAAAACUCUAAAAGUGGAAGCAAACGAGCUGAGCAUGGGCCUGCCACUCUGACAGACAUCCCCGAACAGCCCAAACAAGCUGCUCAGGGAAAGCCCUCAGUAAGUGACGCUGGGAAGCAGCAACAGGCUGCAGGUGGAACAAAAAACAAUCACAACUUGGACAACAUACUUGAACAAUCUGGGGCCGAUUCUGGCCAGUCUUUACCUGUUAAAGCAGCAGCUAAUGGUGCCCAUCACAUACGAAAGUCCAGCAACCUUAGUCUGGCGUCCAACAUCUCUAACCUCAGCCUCAGUAGUAGCUUAACCAGCAGGAGCAGUAAGUAUGUGGUCGAUUCCAACGCGGGUACCCCAAGGACUAGUCGUGACGAGGACGACAAGGGGCACAAGAUUAACGCUAGGAUUAUUCAUGUGAUUUCUCGGGAAUUCAGUGACAUUUACGAGCGUCUGAGCAGGGAGGGGAGCUUAAAGGAAGACAAUGGGUCCAUCUGCUCAAAUGACUGCUCCCUCAGGAACAACAGUCAGGUGAAAAGACGCUCAAAAGAAAAAGUGAAAGUGGAUAUAAACAGUAAUGGGCUAAGAGACAAAAUGGUUCUGAAUGCAGGGACAACUGAGAGUAAAGGUGGCAUCUCCGUGAAAAAGCCUGUGACUAAAUGUUGUGUUUUGUUUUAAAAAAUGAGGGAAAGGGGGGCAUCUCACUUCGUGCUAUUGUUACUGAUAAAUUAUGUAGCCUGAAGCAUGGAUGGAGACUUCAACAUAUUUGCUCUGGAAAGUCCUGACCAAAGUUCAUGUUUCAUAUGUAGAAAUUUUCAUUCGCAGCAUAGUUUUAUUGGCAAGAGUUAAGGAUUAGUGUGAAAAAAUUAGAGUACAAAUUUAGUUCAUAAGUUGGCAUUUAGUAUUAGAUCCUCCAAUGCCUUUUUUUUACCUUACAGUUGCUGGAAAGAAGGAUGGGAUUUAUCAGAAAAAUCUGGAAAACAGAUCAGUUUGACUUGUGUAAUGCUUUGCUUACAGAUUUUUGGACGCCGUGGUUUGGCAAGACAUGCAGAAUUUUGUCUUUGCAAGUUUUCCUGAACUAAGUUAUUAGGUACCUUGUGUAAGUUUCUCAUCUUCUCUUUUGAAGUUUCUAAAUGUCCUUGAAACUUCAAGCAAUGUUUAUCAGUUGCAUCCCAAGAUGAGUUUUUUUUUUAUAUACUUGACAUGCCAAUUUAAUGAUGAGUACAAAAGUUCCAGCCUUCUUAGAUGCUAACUUAUUGUGGAAAAAAAAAGGAUGUUUCAUAUCAUUUUACUGCUGAACAUGCCAGCUUAAGAAAUAUAAUUUCCGCCUUUGUCAAAGAACAGACUUUGUUCAUAGUUCAGUCUUUUGAACAUCUUACUCUUAGUCAUCUUCAGCAGUUCACAAAUGUUCAGAUGUCGUUAAACGUGUUUUGGCGACAUCUAGGAAAUUAGUAUUUUAAACAGUGUGUCUGAUGCUGUCAGAAUAUUUCAUGGUUUUUGAAGUUUCAUCAGGCAUCGGGCACACGUCAUGGAAUUGAAUUGAUCUGUUCUCUGUUAAUUGCAUUAGGUUCAUAUAUUUCUUUUUAUUUGUAAGUAGCAUAAGGUUUUUAUAUACAUAAACAAAAAUGUAUGUGUCCCAUUAUGAGUUGGGAGUCAUUAACACCGACACAUAUAUACAGUUCUAUAUAUUUUAAGAUAAAGUUGCAGGACAUAAAACAGUCAUGUAUGUAGAUAUUAGUAAUACUGUGAUCUGUGAAUGUGAAGCAAACUGUCAAACAUAAAAACAUUUUAAAACACAGCAGUGGCAUUAUGAAAUGUGAAAUGAAUUUGUGUACAUAAUACCAUCUGACCAUUAUUCAUAUUAUUACCGUUGCUGUGUCCAGACUAUAAGUUAUUGUGUCCAGUCUAGCCGGCCUAGACGUGGUCUGCAAUGACCAGUGGUGUUGGAAGCUGAAGAUUCCACACUUGCAUGCCUCGUGUGUGUGUGUUUUGUUUUAUAUUAAAGCAAAAGUUUAAUUUAUGAACUUUCUCCACGUAGUUGACAGUUGUCAGAGUCUGCUGCAGGUCAUUUCUGUACAUUAAUACUGACAUGGCAUGGACUUGUGUGACCCAUUAAACUGUUUCUUUUAUAUAUAA